AUGACAAACACGACCAUUACAUUCGAUAUUCCAGGCACGGUGCAGCUGGUCGACACACAAGGCGUUCUCGACGUGAAGCAUGGCUCGGAGCACACCAACAUCGUUCUAGUUCCACAACCGAGCAGCGAUCCGAAUGAUCCGCUAUCAUGGUCGCAAAAACGCAAGAGAUCCAACAUCUCCUGGGUAAUGACAUGGUGCUUCUUCGGAGCCGCCAUCAUAUCCGGCCUGUCUCCCGCCUACCUACAAAUCGAAGCAGACACCGGCAUUUCCGUAGCAGAUCUCAGCACCGGAAAUGGCCUCAUGUUUCUCUUCCUCGGUUGGGGUACUCUGCUCACCCAGAACUAUGCGCUUAACUACGGACGACGCCCGACGCUUGUCUUUUCCAUGUUCGCAAUAACCUUUAUCAGUCUUUGGUCGGCCUACGUCAAGUCCCGAGCCGAAUUCUUCGUGAACCGCAUAAUCAUUGGCAUCGUUUCCUCACCAAUGGAAACUCUGAUCGAAGUCAUAAUUGACGACCUUUAUUUUGUCCACCAACGAGGCUUCUACAUGGGUAUCUACAGUUGGACAUUGUGGUGUGGUGCCUUUCUCUGCCCGGUAGCCUCUGGGUUCGUCGCCGAAAACCUGGGAUGGCGAUGGAUCCAGUACAUUUUAUCAAUCAUAGGAGGCGUGGUCACCAUUUUGACCUUUGUCUUCUUCGAAGAAACCAUGUUCUGCAGGAGCAGUCCGCAGACCGGGAUUCAAGAAAUCCCCGAUCAGCAGCAAGGUCCCUUUGAUAACGACAAGAGCGCGAUCAGCAACGAGUUGUCGGAAGACAAAAAACUUCGAGCAGCAGAUGGUUUGACCUCUGUCAACGCCGACAUUGAGACACACACCUUGCCGCACCGCGUCGAAGUAGCACCUGGAAAACCUUCCUGGUCAAGACUAAGACUAUGGGGUUAUAAAGACAAUCGAAAGCCGAAGCAGUUCAAGCGCUAUCUUUUGCCCUUCUACCUCCUUCAAUUUCCCUCUGUCAUCUUUGCCGGCAUUCUAGUCGGAGGAAUUCUUUCGUGGUACAAUGUCGUCGGCGGCUCCCUAGCUCUCAUCCUCGGCAAACCACCAUAUAACUUCGGUUCCAACGUCAUCGGUCUCUUUUACCUGGCGUCGGUGAUUGGGGUCUCCAUAGGGUGUCUCAUGACCAGCUGGGCCAGUGAUGCCUUGUCAGUCUGGAUGGCUCGCCGACAUGGGGGCGUGAUGGAACCCGAGCACCGGCUUUGGCUCUGUUUCGUGGCUAUUGUAGCCCAUCCAGUUGGUUGCGUCUUAUACGGCGUAGGGGCUUCCUAUCAAAUCCACUGGGUCGGUAUUGCCUUUGGCCUGGUCAUGAUAUCUGUCACUCUCCCCCUGGGAACAAGUAUGGCGUUCACCUACACUCUUGAUAGCUUCAAGGACCUUGCUGGCGAGGGGUUCGUGUCAGUUAUCCUCAUCCGGAACACGAUGGGCUUUGCUUUCAGCUAUGCUGUAGUACCCAUGAUCAAUAGCAUUGGCCUUCGUGAUGCCUUCAUAGUGACAGCUGUUCUUGGGGUAACGUUCUGGGCACUGUGUCUGAUUAUGAUGUACGUAGGAAAGCCCCUACGGCGUAUGGCAGGACCUCGCUACUUUGACAUGGUGGAAAAGCAUGGUCUUUCAGGGCACUGA